UACAGUCUCAGUGUAGUGUGUUCGGGAUAAUGGUUAACUUCGAGUGGGUAAAGUGUGUGGCCUUGGUGGCUAUGGUUUCUUGUGGUGUAACAGUUCUUACCGAAACAAGAGAUGGAGUUUACAAGCUUGGUAUUGGAAUUGCCGAUAUUACCGGUCCUGCUGCCGAGAUCAACAUGAUGGGCUACGCCAAGAUGAGCCAAACAACAGGUGGGAUCCAUUUUCGUCAAUACAGCCGAGCUUUCGUUAUUGGUGACGGAAAUAACCGUGUAGUAUUUGCGAGUCUGGACAAUGGCAUGGCUUCGCAGCUCGUGAAACUAGAGGUGGUUAAAGCUCUCCAAGAAAAAUUUGGUGAUCUGUACUCGGAGAAAAAUGUUCUGUUAAGUAGUACUCACACCCAUUCGACCCCUGCCGGAUUUCUUCAGUAUGUCUUGUACCUCAUUAUGUCUCAAGGGUUUAUUAGACAAACAUUUGACGCCCAAGUGGAGGGCAUAGUUAAGAGUAUCGAACGCGCUCACGAGAACGUCCAAGAUGGCCACAUCUACUGGGAUCAGGGAGAAUUGCACAAUGCCAGCAUUAAUAGAAGUCCCAAUGCGUAUGAAAACAAUCCCCACGAUGAACGUGAAAAGUUCAAUUAUAAUGUAGACAAGGAUAUGUUUUUACUGAAGCUUACAGACCUGGAAAAUAAUCCAAUUGGGAUGAUUAACUGGUUUGCUGUACACGGGACCAGUAUGAAUAACACAAAUGACCUGAUCAGUGGAGAUAACAAAGGUUACGCAUCUCUCAAGUUUGAGCAAGAUUUGAAUAAAGACACCAUCCCAGGGAAGGGACCAUUUGUUGCUGCUUUUGCACAAAGCAAUGAAGGUGAUGUGACGCCAAACAUCCUUGGUCCAAGAUGUAUUGAUACUGGGCUUCCUUGUGAUACAUCUUCCAGCACCUGUGAUGGAAAGAAUGAAAAUUGCAUUGCCUUUGGUCCAGGGAAGGAUAUGUUUGAAAGUACUCAGAUAAUAGGACAACGACAGUAUGAAAAGGCAAAGGAACUGUUUACUGGUGCUUCCAAGAAACUCCAAGGGCCUGUUCAGUUUAUUCACCAGUACAUUGACAUGUCUAAUAUUGCUGUAAAUUACAAUGGGACUGAAGGUCAUACUUGUAAACCGGCAAUGGGGUACAGUUUUGCUGCUGGUACAAUUGAUGGUCCAGGCGAUUUUAACUUUCAACAAGGUACAACAUCAUCUAGUUCUUUCUGGAAUCUAGUAAGAGAUUUUCUUAAAAGGCCAUCUGAAAGUCUGAAGCAGUGCCAGCAUCCAAAACCCAUUCUUUUAGCAACCGGAGAGAUGUCUUUUCCCUACAAGUGGCAACCUGAUAUUGUACCAACACAACUUUUAAAGAUUGGAAGCUUGGUUAUAGUUGCUGUACCAGGAGAACCAACAACAAUGGCAGGUCGAAGAUUAAGACAAGCUGUUAAAGAGGUGUUUGAUGAAACUCUAACAGGUUCUGGUGAUGAAAUAAAGGUUGUGAUAGCUGGACUUUCUAACGCAUACUCCUCUUACAUAACAACAUAUGAAGAAUAUCAGGUUCAACGCUAUGAGGGAGCCUCAACUAUUUAUGGACCUCACACAUUACAAGCUUACAUUCAGCAGUAUCAGAUGCUUGCCAAUCACUUAGCUUUAAAUCUAGAGGUGUCUGAAGGCCCACUUCCACCUAACCUCCUUUCUAGGCAAAUUACACUUAAACCAGGAGUUAUAUAUGAUGGUGCUCCAUUUGGUCGAUAUUUUGGAGAAGUUGUUGAAGAUGUAGAUCCUGUAUAUGCAGUGGGUAGCCAAGUACGAGUGACCUUUGUCAGUGGACACCCUCGUAAUAACCUACAGCUUGAAAGAACUUUCCUUACUGUUGAACGUUGGAGUAACACCACCCACACCUGGGAUGUAGUUGCGACUGAUGCAAACUGGGAAACUAAAUUUCAUUGGCAUAGAACCAGUAGCAUAUUUGGAGAAAGUAGGGUUAUUAUAACAUGGGAUAUUCCAAGUGAUGCUUCACCUGGAACAUACCGUAUCAGACACUAUGGGCACAAAAAAAACCUUCUCCAGGUGAUUCGUCCUUAUGUAGGAACAUCAAGUGAAUUUGAUGUUGUUGCCAGUUAAGUUUACCAAAAAUACAUGUAACUUUCCUAAGAAGAGAACUAUUAACUGUACCCAUAACUAUUGUAUGUUUGCUAGCAAUGACUAUAUAAAACAUCAUUGAUUGAAAAUAAGGUAAUAUUUUUAUUUAUGUUCAUGAAAUCUAUAACCUAUGUAUAUAAAUAAUUACACAACUGUGUUAAAGUGCAUUCAGUAUAAAUGUCUGUUUGUAUCACAUGAUUUAUUCCCCCGUACUCUUUAAUAUUAAUGUAGUCGCGUUAGAAAGUUGUUAAUCAUGUUAAAUAAAGUCUGUUAACUAUGAGAGUUCUUGAAUAUUCUUACUAGACAAGAUGUAUUGAUGUCUUAAGACAAGUUAAAGUGUUUAUUUCUAAUUGUAAGAAAAAAAGGACAAAUUCCCAUUUGCAAUUUGACCCAAAAUGUCAAAAUCUAUAUAUUUUUUUCCCCUACAUUUAUCAAAAAUUGGGGUUUCUUUUUUUUCAAAUAAAUGAAAUUUGAUAGGAAGUAUUGGACCAAGAUUGCAAGUUUAUUCAUCAGUAAAAUAGUUUUCCAAAACAGACAGACAUCUCUAAGUAAAAUAAGAUAAACACUUGUAUGUUUCUGUUUGAUAAAGAUUGUUAAUGGACAGUGCUGCCUUUGGAAAGCUUGAGAAUUGGCAAGAUAUAAUACAAAUUUUAUCUUUAUCUCUUUGUCCACAAGACAUUUUUAGGGCAAAGCUCUAUACUCUAUAGAUUGAGAAGUUUCUUUAUGUAACUUUUGUCUUAUGGAGGAAGGUUUUACAUCUUUGAUGAGAAAUAGCUUUUCUUAUCCUUAACUCCUGCUAGAUAAAGACAUUAAUUCUCAAGUUAUAAGGAUGUGCCUUAAAAUUCCUAUUUGACAAAGAACUACAGAAAAACUUAUCUUAGUAAAUGACUUUUGGUUACUUCUUAGUCUUGAAUAAAAACCAAAACUAUUUUUGGUUUUACAAGCACAUAUCAAGGUAGCAUUAUUUGGUAGAAUAACUUUUUCUUUUUUUCUCCUGACAUGUUAUUCAAGAAGUUUUUUUGUUUUUUUUUAUUGAAGUAAGCUCUUUCUACUGAUCUUAAAUUUUAUGUUUACUUCAAAUAAUAAGCAUUCGCUAGUUAGCUGUAGGACUGAAAUGUACUGACAUUAUAAAAAAACAAAAACAUUCUUGAUAACUUGCAGAAUAUUUUAAGUAUAAUUAUUAUUGUUGCUUUGAUUAUCUAAGUGACUUAGACCGUCUGAAUACUGACAAUUUUCUUUGUUGAGGAGACUAAACAAACAAACGUCAAAUCCUUAUUGUCAGGAACAUUCUUUCUGAGUUAUAUAAUAUGACUGAGUCAAGAGGCACUUUUGAAUACGAAUGUACUGUGGGAGUUUAGAAUUACUGUCUUAUUUCUAGGGCAUUUAAUACCAUGCUUAUAAAUAUUCAGUAAAUUACUGUCAGAACAUGUUAAUGUAUAUGUGAAUGUGUAUAUUUAAUAAAUUUGAAUAUUUAAUGGCCAUUAGUUCAUUGUUUGGAAAAUGUGUACAUUUCUUGUUGAAUAAUGAAGUUUCUCAAAUUAACUGGUCAAUGUACACAUUAUCCAGUAGUAAUUAUAUAUUAUCUGGUAAGUUUGCAAAAUUGUUUUACAGAUUGUUACAUUAUGUACAUUCUCUAACGAUAUUGAUUAUUAUGCAUAAUAUCCAAAGAAUAUGCAGACUCUUUGCUUAUGCACAUUCAUUGUACUAGAUACGUAAAUAUACAUGUAAAUGUAAUUUAGCUGGUUUACGUUAUAAUUAUGUUUAUGACUGAAAUAAUAACAGAAGUGAGAGUGUUGGUCAGUUAUGUUAAGUUUGAAGAAGUGUAGAGACAAUACAGUUAAUUGUACAAGACUGUUAAAGGUUCCAGUUGUACUUUGAAGUUUAAUCCAUAGGGUACGGUCUGCCUCUGGGAAUUGAAUGCGAGUGUGCUGUACACAGUGUAUGGCUCGCAAACAUUCACAGCAUGUUUAAAGGAUUAUGUCACUAUUUAUUCUGCCUGGGAAUUGAAUGCGAGUGUGCUGUACACAGUGUAUGGCUCGCAAACAGUCAGAGCAAGUUUAAAGCAGCCACAGUCAAAGGAUUUAUUCUGCUGAAAUAUUUAAAUAUUUGUACAUUAACAAUUUAAGAUUAUUUUACAAGAUUUGAAACGCCUAAUUAUACUGUAAUUUCAUCAAAGUAUUGACUUGAAAUCAUGAUACGAGACUAUCGAUACUACAGUGUAACAAGAGACUGUUGUGAUGCUACAGUUGAUACACUGCUUUAACAAAACACUGUUGUGAUGCUACAGUUGAUACAGUGCUUUAACACAAGUUGACAAAACACUGUUGUGAUGUUUUGGUAAGUCUAGUUGAUACAGUAUAGAUCUGUGUAAAGCAUCAUUAUGCUUACAUUACUUGAGCAACUAAUACUUGUAAUUGUGAUUGUGGUUACCAAUGUUUGCAGUACUUUGAUUAAAAAACGUUAACACUUUUGUCAUGAAGAGACUAAACAAUUUUUGUCAGUAUUUCCUUUGUCCACGAUAUUUCAUAAUCUACAAUGUUCAAACCAGAAAGACGAGCAAUCAAGUAAGAAAUAAUGUAAAAAAAGAGGUAAUCAUCUGAUAAAACGUUUCCCUCUUCAACAUUUAUUGAAAAAUUGGUCAUUAUUUAUAUAAACAAACAUUUGAUGUAUUCAGUGUGAAAGCUGUGACAGACAAUCUUGUAAAUUUUGUAGCUAUAGUUCUUACUUCUACUCUUGGAAAUAGCCAUGUAUUUUUUUUAAUUAGUCAUUAAUCCAAAAGUUGUGAACCAAAAUAUUUGUUGUGAUUUACAAGUCGUAGUAACUUAAGUUGAAAUACUUUGAUCCAAGUCAAAUUUUUCCAAUAAAGUCAUUUGUUGAAAUAAAAAAUAUACACAUGC